AUGAUGAAUUUCAUCCUUGCCGCCUUUCUCGUUGCCGUCUCCGCCAUCGCCUCUCCUUCCAAGGCCGUCCAUCCGAGGCAUUUCAUCCAUUGUUACGACGGGACGAAGAAGGAACAUUGGUGGACUAUCAGCAACUUCGACUACCGCUUAUCGGAUACCUUUUCGUCUCCCGACGCUCAUACCGCGUUCGGGUCCAUCAAUUUUACCCUCACCCACCCGGGUAUUGAUUACGAAGCCCAGUGCUCGGCCCAGUUCAGCGAGGAAUCUGCCGUAGCUGGGUCUAGCGAUACGACCGACUUCAUCGAUGGCAAUAUACGCCACGCGUGCAAUGUUCCCGGUGGAAUCCAUGGCGACACGGUUAAAUUUUCCUACAGCAGUUCGAACUCGAUGCUUCGGAUUGACCACUUCUGGAACUGCGGCGGUACAAGAACGUGGUAUGAGGCAGUAGGGCUCGUCAAGCUGAGCUGCGAGAAGAGCUACGAGCACGACCCGGAAUGGACGCCAGCAUCCAACAAGUCCUACUCGAGUCACCACAUUACAUGCGCUCACGCUAAAACGACCGCGCCCGUGGUGCGGGUGGUGACGGACACAGGUUGA